GUGAGGUUGGGAGAACGAGGCAGGGAUAUGAGGUACCAAAAAGCCGGAGUAACCGCGGAGAUGCAUUGCACGUUGCUCGAUGCAUACAAUCGCGCCAUCCUCAAUGUUAUCAGAGCACGGGCAAAAAGGUUGGGAUUGCUGACGACGCUCGUACGACUACAUCGCAGCGAGGUAACGGGCAAUGCAAGGACAUAUAUGUCGUACCUUUGAUACACAUGAGCUUGCGAAUGUGUGUUCCUCAGAGUAUGCGUCCUUAUUGCUGGGUACGCGUUCUUAUCGUUGAGAAUAGAGUUGGAUACGGCCUGCUGCCAAAAAUGGCACGUUGAAGCUAUUGCGCGCGGGAAGGCCCCCAGAAACCCACGAAAGGCGCGCUAGACCGCAGGAGCAAUAAUGCGUGAAAGGACACAAUCCUCGCCGAUGCAUUCCAUCAGUGGCCCCAUGCGUCGCGGUGGAAUAACAUAAGCAAGGAGCCAUUGCCGGUCCCGCUCUAAAAGUUGAGCUACCGUUCAUAUGAACGACAGCCUUUCCAAUCCCAUAGCCGGAAUAAGCAGGCCGUAGGAUUUAAACUGCGCCUCGUCCGGAGUUAGAGAGCAAGUCACAACAGCCUCCUGUUGAUGCGACAAGGCGUCGAGGGCCAAACCCUGCGUCCUCGACCAUCCAGGACCACGUAUCCGAAGGGUCGACGGACACGGAACGAGCGUCAUCCGCGAAACUUGUGAAGGACGUCCCGGUGCGUACGCAGUUCCCGCACUUGAUGACUUCUCGUUGGGUAAUGCCCGGGAGAGAGCGGCGAGACGGGAUGCAACGCGUGCAGGCCGUAAGUUGCGGCAGGAAAAGCCGAUUGGAAAGUGGCGUGCAGGCAAGGAUGAUCCAUCGGGCCGUAAAUGGUUGCAGCUGGCGGGCGGACAGUCCGAGGUGUUCACGGGGAAACAUCAACGGAGAGUCCCAGGGGCGAUUCAUAGAAGGGUCUCCUCUGGUUUUCGGUCGAGUUGGCGCGGUUCCAUGGGCCAAGAGUUCGACAUUGCUGGUGAAUAGCAGAUCCUCGAACGACGAUGAUGUGCGAGUGGCGAUGUUCGCUGGGCCACCGACCAGCGUCUUCAGAGGAGUGCAGACUAUUCCUAACGACGAGGUGGUAAUACAGGGCGAGAGCUGCCAGUCCAAGAUCGAGUUUCAUCGGACCGCUCGCGGUGAGACUUGCGGGCCGCGAGGUAUGAGGUGCGUCUGACUUGAGACUUCACGAGGCGUGACUCUCGCCGGGUGGGUGCAGCCUCUGAUUUCAACCUGGCCGUGCAAGGGACCUAUUGUAAUCUGUAUUCGAUGGUCGGGCAUGCACGUUGAGGUCCAAGGACGCGUCAAAAGGACGUGUCUUGAUCGACGAAGACCGGGCGGCUUGAACGGAGGGAAGGAUAUCGUUUCGCGAGGUCGGCUCUGGGACCCGUUGGGCGUCGAUAGGCCACGGGACCAGCGAUGGGCCUGGGAGAGUGCUCCGGCUCCGGGUUCAGGUUAGGGCGACAGAGCCGACGCACGUAUCUGGGCGCUGGAUGACGGUGGAGGUCUUGUGAUGCGGAAUACAUACGAGACCGCAGCUUCAUGUAAGACGGCUUCACCCAGGUUUCAUAUCUUGGUCUGGAAACGUCUUUCGUCCGACGAGCACGGGACGGCCCGUUGACCCGCAACCUUCGCGAAGGGAGCUCCGCUCAACCCCCGCAACAGUCCCCCGCUCUCCGCACUCCGCGGGUAGCUUCUCGUGGGGUACGAGUACGAGAGGAGUGUGGGAAGAAGAGGUACGUAGAAACGUGCUGAACGCGCGGUUGCUGAGCUCGAUCAGAAACCGGCCAGAGGUUGCGUUCUGGACUGGGCAGAGAGGGGCAAAGGGUAUGUGAGUGGGCGGCGCUCCGAGGUGUUAAGAGCGGAGAGGGAGAGGCGGCUGUCGCGCAAGGGUUUCAAUAUAUGAACGUUGGAGGUUGGCUCUGUUCAGUAGCGGGUUGCGGAGCCGCUGGUUCACGUGUCGCGUGGGAAUACCGAGGGCAAAGCGGUCGUUCUCCUCUCAUCCUGUCCUUCUGACACGGCGUUCCUGGGUCAUCGGACCGACGGGCGGCAAGCAGGCGAUGAUGCAAUAUGCGAUUCAUGUACGGAAUGCAUCGACUCGCGAUACCCGCCAGACGGGGGGAACCGGGAAAAGGCGGCGCUGAGGCCUCUGGAUGGGCAAGGGCGAGAUGAGGUCUUGUGAUACCGGUGUGGGGACGUGAUCUGAGCGGACGUCAGAGGAGACUGCUCUGUCGAGAAAACGAGAAGAACGCCACGUCCCGCGCCCGCUGUAGGUCCAGCCAGCCGGUGUGCGAUCCUCAUUGAACAAUCCGUCCAGACUUGGUAUCGCUGGAGACUUCGUGGCGCUCGGGAGGGGUCAUGGGGGAGAGGGUGAACGUGCUGGUCGCGUGUACGAGUCGCGCGUUGGGUUGCCGGUGCUGGGGCAGAACGAGAUGAUGGGGGCCAGUGGGAGUUCUCGGGUCCAGGCGAGGGCGAUCGAACGAUGUUCUGGCGCUGGGAUGACGAUGACAUCGGGGUCGUGUGAUGCGCCUUGUCGCGUGAGAGCGACGGAUUGCUUGGACGAUCCUCCUUGCGCAGGCUUUGAAGGGAGGAAGGGGAGAUCCGGGGGUCGCCGCUGUGGAUCUGACUGAGAGGACAAGAGGGUCCGGUCGAGAGGUCGUACGGCGCUCGAUCAGCAAGCCGAGGUGGCUGCGGACGAAUUCAUAUCCGAGUGGAUGACGAUCGGGGAGACAUCAUCAGCAAGGUCGCUGGACCUUCGUGGCUUCGUGGCGCUCGCAGCCGACACGUCAGGUUACACAACGUGCGUAUUGAACGGAAAGGACGGGUUCCUAAUCGUAAAGUCCGCUGACGGGUUGGGAUAUCAUGGGACCACCUCCUAUGAUGCGUAGAAGUUUGAGUUGGAAGGCGCCGACGAUGCUCCCGCGACCAUAACGCGGAUCGGGUCCGAACGAGGAUUCGAGCGAUACGGUCAGACCGGGCUGUAAGCCCGGCGUUGCAGAAGACGAGGCUGAUUAGCCGUAGUAUGUAUGGCGCUCCGCUCUCGUCUAUUCUGGUAUCGAUUGCGAACGAGCGUUUCAGCUCUGCAGGGAGGGUAGGUUAUUCUUGUGCGUUUGCUCACGGCCGUGGGUGCGCAAGGAUGAACGGAGAAAACGCGCAGGUCGCUCCACGGCUGGAGAUGUGGCGUUGCUUUGUUGGGCGCGUGUUUCGAGAGCUUUUCGUAGACGGCGUCAUGACGUCCAUUCCAACGAACGCGGUCGGAUGCUGCACAGCUGACCCUCACGGGGGGACUGCGGCCUAGCUCUGGGACGCUGAAGGCCGUGGGGCGGCAGGCAAGGUCGUUCGGGAGCAGGAGCCGCCGGCCGAAUGGGGGAACAAGAGCAGGAAAGGAGGCACUGUCCAGUUACGCCAGGAAUAUCACCGUAACAGAUGGCGGCGCGGUUGGCACAGCGAGCACGCAGAAAUAUAUAGCGGGCAGCUGAGAGUCUGGUAGCAUCGUGUUUCCCCGCGUCGAACAGCCGUCGCCCCUUCGUCGUCGUCGCCUCCCCGUCCAGGACAGUCGAGCAGGUACUUCGGCCGGUGCGUCCCGAAAAGGGAAAGAGAGAAUAGGAGGAGCACCGCCACCGCCAGUUUGCCUCCGAGAGCCAACCCCCAAACCCAAACCUUGUCGGUGGCCCUUGUUCUGUUUCCGCCCGGGUGGAGUGUUUCUCCUCUACGAGCGACACGAGCGGUGGUACACGGGCAGCGGUUCGUCAUCGCCCGACAGAAAACACGCCUCUCCGGUGCGUCGUCCACGCGUGUCCCGCGUCCCCCCUGAUCAGAUCUGCUCACAUGCGAAGGUGGCCAGCAGGACCAGCACACAAUAGUCGCGGUCUGGGCUCGUCCUCCCGUUCAAGUUGCCGCAACGGUUCGUAUUUAACUCGCAGGAAGGCCCGCGAGCACUUCCAGCCAGCCAAGCGAGCCAGCCAACCGCUCCAGCGAAUCACGCAGCGCACGCACGUCCCCCCAAUCCACCGUGAGUCGGCCGCGCGCCCCAUCCCUCGAUCGUUAUCAACCUCGUCGCUCACCCGGAUCAUCCCUCUCUGCAUCCCAGCCGUCCGCCGCUUACCUACUCACCCUUCCGCACGCUCGCUAAGCCCACCUCCGCCGCUUCUCCUGCGAGAUUAAGCUUCGUGCCGUCCCGCGCAGCACAACUUCAAGGGUCGAUCCCAUCCCUUCUUCGGCCAGCGAGAUACAGAUAUAUAAGACCCGCGUCCCAGCACCCGCGGGCCACCCGGACAGCCACGCCCCGCCGCCACCGCCAGGUCUCAUCUCCAUCUCCCAAACCCGGUCAGUAGCCGUUACGCUGUGCACCGGCACCACUCCUCACCAUCUCUUUAUCCUCCCUCACCUUUCGCAGGGAGGUACAUAAGCUACCCAGCACGCCUUCCCUCGCCGGCCCUGCCUCUCUCCAUCCCUCCUCCUCUCGCCCACCAUGACCGAGUACGACUACUCCCCGGAGGCGUACGAAAAGUACAUGGCCACCCAGGCCCGCAUCGCCAACUGGGUCAACAACACCAACGCCCACGCCCGCCAGUAUGCCAACCCCUUCGUCCGCUCCUCCUCCUCUUCCUCCUCCUCUUCGGGUCCUCCAACGCCCGCACCGAGGGAGUACCGCCCCACGACGCGCGAGCGCCGGAUAUCCAACGCGCCCGCUCAGGUCCCCUACCGGACGAGCACCCGGAGCAAGACCGUCAGCCCCUCCCGCGGCCCGUCCACUUCGAGGCCCGGCCCGACGCGGUCCAUGACCACGCCGCAUCAAUAUCCGCAACAGCAGCAGCAUAUCUACGCCCCGACGCCGGUCAAACCGCCGCCAGGGCCGACCUACGCCGCCGCCUACACCACCGUCCCCCAGCAACAGACCAUGUACGGCCCGUAUCCCAAGCCGCACCACCAUGCGCCCGCCCCGGUCCCGGUCGUCUACGCCGGCCAGCCGCCCAAGCACACCUCGUCCACCUCCCGGCGCGCCCAGACCUCCGCGACGACGACGUACCCGUACCCGCCGACGGCCGCGUACGCCCACCAACACGGCCACGCGCGCGGGGCGAGCGUGCCCGCGGUGCAGUACCAGACCUACGAUCCGCGCUCGGGGCGCGAGGUCCGCCUCCCCGCGCCCGCGCCGGGCCAGCAGUACGUCGUCAUCCCGCCCCGCGGCCACCGCGCCGAGCUCGCCGUGCGUCCCUCUCCCGCUCGCUUCUCUUUCGCCCUCGCGUAGCUAACACGUUCGUCGAAUGGGUUUUUUUUUUGGACAGACCCACUCGUCUCGCACCCGCUCGUCCUCGCGCUCGUCUCAAUCGCCCGCGCCCAUAUCGCCCGCCAAGAGCAAAAAGUCGCAGCCGCUGCUGAAACGGCUGCUCACGAACCAUAUCGGCGGCUGGGACCGUCGCGGGCGCGAGCAGACCCGCGUCGAGACCAACGGCACCUCCAGCGGUGGUUUCUGGAGGCCCGCGCGGAGGAGGAGCUACUAGGAUGUGCAGGCUGCCGCGGCAGGCGGCGCGGGAGAGGGUAGGAAGGAUCAGGAACGUGGGCGGAAGGCGACGCGGAAGGUGCCGACACCAGCGGCUUCGAACGUGAUUUCGAACCCGAACACGGGGAGGAGAGGAGCUUCGGCGGGCGCGUGGAUCGCCAACGAUCGAGGAAGGGCGACGGGGACGACGCUGCAUCGCCAGCCGCAACCGUAUCCGGCACCACCGCAACAACACCUAUAUCCUCAGCGGAAUCCGUAUCGUCCAGGCUACUAGCCCACACGGGGAAGAAAAGACCUUGAUCCUGCGUGGAUCGGGAGGGAUCGGGGAACGAGCUCGAGAAACAUCGCAUCGGUACCCGCACUUGGCACCACCCUCAGCGAUAUCCUCAGCGAUAUCCGUAUUGCGCAAGCCCGAGAGGCUUCCGUAUGGGCGCGGGUUGGCCUGCUGCAAGCCGCACGCCAGACUGCUACCGAAGCUUCCUCGAGAUCUCUCCGGCAUCUUGCGACGCAACGCUUGCCUACUCCGGCGCUAGCAUACCGACGAACAGCCGACGACAAGCGCGAGGCUGUCGUCAUUGCGAUCGUGCGUCGGCAAAAAACCCGUGUCGGGCCACGCGGUUUUACUCCUCUCCUCGUCUUCACGAUGGACGUGCUGGAUCAGUUUCGUCAAGAUUUGUCCCGCCUCUCGUGGAUCGUUGCCCUCUGCCCUGAUCCGGGCAGCCAUGCGAUGCCGCACGGAUUUGCCCGCGGUCAUCCCGGCGCUUUCCCGCGGGUAUCUCAGGACGCCAACUCGUCAUCAUGACGCCUGACGUGCUCUCGUCAACGCUCGGACGGCUCUCGCAUCCUGAGCUUUCGGUCAAGACGACAUGCACUCCACCCGCGUCAUGAGCUCCCUCUCCUUCACUCGAACGUGCAUGGCCCUCUUACCUGGUUUGCAUGCAUCCAACCCAUCUCAUAGACACCAUGUGCCCUCUACCCGUUCAUGAGGUCAUCUCCACGUCUCCUCCACCACGUCCAUCCAAAACACGGCGGCAUAUAGAGCCUCCCCUCCCUUAAUCGUUAUUUGUACAUCGCCUCGGACCUUUUGACCCUUCACGGAUCCGUUAUCUUAUGACUCGGUUCAUGCAAAGAGACACCCCAC